GAGGACGCCUUCGUAAAGGAAUUAGAUUUUUAACUAAACGUCCUUGAUUAGACUAUUGCAGAUAUAUGUGUUGAACAGUGAAAUGUGAAUAGUUAUUUUGUGCAUUCGAAAAUUAUAUAUAAAUAAUAACAAUGCAGAGAACUGGAAUGGCUCGUUUGAAGUAUGCAUGUGACAUGGACAAGUCUGUCUUGUUAAAUAAUUUUGAAGCCAGAGGCUGGGUCCCUGUCAGUCCUGAUGAUGACUGGAAUUUCUACUGGGCUGGUGUACAGAGUAUUAGAAAUGUCUUCAGUAUAGAUAGUGGCUACAGAUUAACAGAUGAUCAAGUUAUAAAUCAUUUUCCAAAUCAUGUGGAGUUAACAAGAAAAGAUUUAAUGGUUAAAAAUAUAAAAAGAUACAGAAAAGAUUUGGAAAAAGAAGGAAGUCCAUUGGCAGAAAAGGAUGAAAAUGGCAGAUUUCUUCAUCUUGAUUUUAUUCCUCUGACAUUCAUGUUACCAGCAGACUACAACUUAUUUGUAGAAGAGUUCAGAAAGAACCCCAACACAACAUGGAUCAUGAAACCAUGUGGGAAAGCCAGAGGAAUAGGCAUUUUCUUGGUAAACAAGCUGUCUCAGCUGAAGAAAUGGUCUAGAGAUAGUAAAACAAACAACUUUACACCUCCAACUUCUAAAGACACCUAUGUUAUAUCAAAGUAUAUAGAUAAUCCAUUACUAAUUGGUGGCAAGAAGUUUGAUCUCAGAUUGUAUGUGUUGGUCACUUCAUUUAGACCAUUGAAAUGUUACAUGUAUAGACUUGGUUUUGCCAGAUUUUGCACUGUGAAGUACAAUGCUAGCGUUAAUGAACUAGACAACAUGUUUGUCCAUCUAACCAAUGUCUCUAUACAGAAACAAGGGGAAGAUUAUAAUGCUGUCCAUGGAGGAAAGUGGACAGUUCAAAACAUGCGUUUGUUUUUAGAAGGGACUCGUGGAAAGGAGGUUACUGAUAAAUUAUUUGAUGAAAUAAAUUGGCAAACAGUUCACUCUUUGAAAGCUGUAUCGGGUAAUAUAUCCAAUGACAGACAUUGUUUUGAAUGUUAUGGAUAUGAUUACAUUGUAGAUGACAAUCUAAAGCCUUGGUUAAUAGAGGUCAAUGCUUCCCCCUCUCUGACUAGUACGACAUCUAGUGACAGAAUUAUGAAGUACCGAUUAAUGAAUGACCUGAUAAAUAUUGUGAUACCCCCUGGACAGAUGCCUGAUGUCCGAUGGAACAAAAUACCACAGAAAGAACAUCUAGGAUAUUUUGAUUUGUUAUUUGACGAAGAGCUGGCACAACAAGAUGCACUUAAUAUGGACAAAAAGUUAGGUCCUGGUGGAAUGGUGAGAGGUAGAAAAGAUGGCUCACGACCCUCACCUGCUACAUGGAAGUAAAGAGGAACAAUACAAAAGAAGCUACACAAAACCGAAUGAGCUGCAUGAAAGAUUGAUCAUGUCAUCAAACUGAACAUUGCCACAAAACCAUGACUAAUUGUAUCACUAUUUAUAGCUACUGUGGAUUAAAUAAUUUUCAUGGGAACCAAUUUUGUGGAUUGAGGAAAACUUUCAUUCAUAGAUAAAAAAAAAAUCCAUGGUUUUGGCAUAGUCUGCAUACUUUCUCUUAGAAAAUUUGUUAUUCAAUGAAGAAUGAAACUUGUUGUUCCCUGAAUCCACAAAAUCCACAAAAAUUAGUGUCCAGAAACGAAUCCAGAAAUGGCAUGUCCAUUCUAUUAAGAGGAAAAUCUAUUAAUUUUGCCAUCCUCCCCCAUCCUUGGUUAGAAAGGAAUGAAAUAUCCUCCUCAGCUGUGGUGUACAUGUUUAACUUAUAUGAUUAUAUGUGAAAUAUGUGUCUGCAUGAUGUUUUUCAUUCAUUUAGCCUUUAUGUUGAUUGUAUCAAGAAAUCUCUCUUUCAAUUUUUUAUCACGAUAUGAAUUUUCAUUUUGUUUCAAGAUGCGACCAAAAAUACAUGUGUUUCAAACAAAACUUGUCAUUGAAAUUGUAUCUAUUGGAUUUUCUCAUUGGCAUAGACAUCAUUCACGAGAAUGAUCAGAAUUGGGAGACUAGACAAAGUAAUUGAAGGUGAAAAUAAGACUAAAAAGUAAUUUGGCCUAUUUAAUUUUCAGAAACUUCGACUCAAUAUUUACCUUGGUCCAUUCACAAAAAAAAACUUGAACUACUCUCUUUAUCAGAACAAAUUCAUUGGAUAUAUUUAGCAGUUUGACAAACACUUAUGGUAUCUAUAUCAUUAAGAUGCUUGAUAUUUCCUUAACAUUAGAAUGUGAUUAAAACUUUCAGCUGAUUUUUACAGAGUUACCUCCCUGUAAUGUUAUGUAUCGCAUAAGUUUAUAAUUGUAUUUGAAGUUUUUGUUUUAAAUCUACUGAUUUAUAUGAUGGGUCUUAGGACUAAAUUUUAUAUUGUGCUAUUUUGACCAAUUUGUUCUAUCAAAGAUAUAAACCAUGUGUGUUGAUGAGUUGUUAUACUGUCAUCAAUAAUGAGUUAACAAAACUCAUAUUUCCGAUAUUUGUUUUCCAAUAUGUCCAAAUAUUUAAAAUAUUUUCCUGGGAGUGGUUAUCAUUUUUGACAUGUUGUUAUGGGCAAGGCUAUUUUUUAUGAAUAUGGCCUGUAUUUUUCAUAUACCAGAUGUGAGUUGAUAUGUUUAUGCUUGGAAAUUGUGAUAAUUGUUAA